UCGAUGGGACGUUCAGCCUCGUAGCAUCUGUCUUGAAAUGCUCGUCCUCUUCUAGCUUCGUGAUGUGCGCUUCAAUUCCGCAUCUCUUCCUCGGCUCGGAGUUAACUGCUCAAUCGCCGUUACGUCACCAUCUUCUCCGCAUUACCCUUCAUACAGCUCACACACCAUCAACGCUCGAUUAGCCUUCGCACCACUUUUAAAAAGAACAAGGAAUCCCCGAUACAUGCCUCUAAGGCUGCAUAUACCUCACCCGUCAAUAGCCGCAAGAACCUUCCAAAGCCGUGCUCGCCCUUUGCAAAGCAUCUCUAACAACAACCACGACCUCGGAGCUUCGCGGCCGCGAUUACGGAAUCAUAGCACAAGAGAAAGGACUCGCGCAUUUCAACCGUUUACUCCAAUAUCCGCCGCUACCUCAUUCGUCCGACAUAAAUCAGAACAGCGCAAAAUGACAGACGCGACAUACAACCCAAUGUGCGGACUCUGGCAGCCAACGCAGCUACAACACCUAUUCUACGGCGGCGAAACAGUGGCCAAGCAUCUCGUCGAAUCCCUCCCCAGCGAACAGAGCAAGGCGUUCAUCAUCACGGGCAACUCGCUCGCCACGAAAACGCCGCUCGUAAAGCAGGUCGAGGAGCUGCUCGGCGCACGGCACGCAGGCACGUUCUCCAAGAUUGGCGAGCACGCGCCCGUCGCGCAGCUCGACGAAGCGACCCAGCUCGUCCAGAAGGACUCCAGCGUGGACACCGUCGUCAGCAUCGGCGGCGGCAGCCCGAUUGACUCCGCAAAGGCCAUUUCGUACCGCCUGCACGAGAAGAGCGGGAAGUGGCUCUACCACAUUGCUGUCCCCACGACGCUGAGUGCGUCCGAGUGCACUAUGAUGGCUGGGUAUACCGAGUCCAACGGCGUGAAGACGGGUGUGAGGGGCAGGGAGUUGGUGCCCAAUGUUGUGCUGUAUGAUUCCGGCUUUGCGCUGCACACGCCGGCGAGGCUGUGGAUGAGCACGGGGAUGCGCGCCAUGGACCACGCGGUCGAGCUGCUCUACCACCCGACCGCCACCGAGAUGCCGGCGCGCUGGCUGUGCUUGCAGGCGGCGGCGAGUCUGUUCGAGAACCUGCCCAAGUACAAAACCGAUCCGAAGAACGAAGACGUCAUCACGAAGCUCCAGCUCGCCGCCUUCGCGUCCCUCGGCUUCCUAGGCACCAAUAUAAAAGGCGGCCUCGGCCUUUCCCACGCUUUGGGCUACGCACUCGGUUCCCCCUACGGCAUCCCGCAUGGCAUCACGUCCUGCCUGACGCUCGGUCACGUCGUCAAGCUCAAGGCGGAGGAUGUAGCGGCCGCCGCGCAGAUUGCGAGGCUGGUGCCGUUUAUUGGCGAGAAGGGUACGGGCGAUCAUGCUCGUGAUGCGAGGCUCGUCGGUAAUAAGAUCAUCGAGCUUGUUAGGAGCUUGGAAUUAGAUUAUGAUCUGAGGAAUUACAAGGUGGAUAGGGAUCAAAUACCAGUGAUUACGAAGAGGGCGACGGGGCAGGAAGAGGGCGGUGAGUUGUACGCGAUGGUCGAGGGGUUGGUUAAGGGGCUGUUUUGACUAGGAGGGAAGCUGUGAGGGGAAGUGAGCGAGCGUUGUGAGUGCCAUCUAGAUACUCUCGAGGUAGCGAUUCGCUUGGAGACAUAGAACCUUCUAUCUAUGCUCUAUUCAUAGCUAAAAUCACAUCUCGAAUAGUUGGAUGUUUCAUGGGCAUAUCAAAACCCACCCAAUAGCGAGUCGCCGGAUGAUGCAUUAUGUGUACGCAUUCACGUCAAAAUCCCCAACACCUCACUUUGGUCAAGGAAUAAUACG